AUGGGGAAGAAGCGCAAGCAACCCAGCCUGGACUCACUCCUCGAGCGUCCGUGGUGCUACUACUGCGACCGCGACUUCGACGACCUGGCUGUUCUGCUGGACCACCAGCGCGCGAAGCACUUCAAGUGCCACAUCUGCCCCAAGCGCCUGCACACCGCGGGCGGCUUGAUGGUCCACGUGCAGAAUGUUCACAAAGAGAGCAUCGACACCAUCGCCAACGCGUUGCCUGGUCGUGAAGGCACCAACCUCGAGAUCUGGGGCAUGCUCGGCGUCCCGGAGGACUACAAGAAGGAGAAGACUGACUCCGUGAUUGCCAUGUACAAGAAGAAGGAAGCCGACCAUAUAGCAUUGACCGGCAACCCGCUCGCAGGCACUGCAGAGGCGGAAGCGCGUGAGCGUGCAGCCAAGAAGCCGAAGCCUACCGAGUCCAAGGAGGCCAUCCAAGCGCGCGUCGCGGCGCACCGGGAGAAGAUGCGUGCCGAGAAGGAGGCCAAGGCGCAAGCCAAAGCCGCGGGUGACUCUGCUGCCAACAACAGCGAUGGAGGUGUGCAGCAAGCCGAUACGCAGCCGAAGCAGGGUGGUCCACAGCACUCGCCACCACAGUACGGAGGACCGCAAGCCUCUACGCCAUUCGAGUACCACAACAUGCACCAACAGCUACCAGCCAGCGUCAGCCCAAAUCCUUUGGCUCCUCACAGGAAUCCUUUGGCUGCUCACACGCCAAUGGUACACCCGAACAUGCCAAACCUGUACCCGACCCCACCAUUCCCGCAGCACCCGCAAGGCUUUCCCCCAGGCUUCCCCCCAGGCGGUGCGCCACCUCAGCCAAGCCAGCCCGGAUUCUUCCCCGAUCGCCUGCCGCAUCAUCCACGUCACGUGGCGGAGGACUCGCAGGCCCACUGGUCGCGCCGCCCCUCUCAGGGCACACCACCGGUUCACGGCCAGUUCUCUGCACCCGACGAUGCGCGCUCCAACAGCCUUCCCAAGGUCCCGGGUCUGCCUGAGCGGCCAUCCUUCGGCGGCAUCGGCGUCAGCACCGCAGCCAUGAAGUCACUUCACCCCGGGCACCAGCCGUUGCAGCCAUGGUCUGGAGGUCAAGAUGGUCAUCACGUGACGGCGCCGCAGGACUCCAACAACAACCAAGUCGGUGCUCCGUUGGACGAAGUCGAUCAAGCCAUUGCCGACGCCAUCGCUGGCAAGCGUCCUUCUCCCUCGCAAGCUGCUGCCGCGGGCCCACCGACCCAGUCGCAGUCGCAGCAUCAGUUCACUCAGUAUCAGUACGCUCCAGGACACGUCGCGUCGCCCGAAGCUCGCGAGAAGGCCAGGAGGUUCGAAGAAGCGUUCUUCUUCGACCCACCUCUGCCGGGAGGCUAUCCGCCGAACGCCAACAAGGACAAGAUGCCCGCAGCUCUCGCCAAUACGACCACCCUCGAAGCUGCCGCCCCACCCACCCAGGCUCCGACGACUGAGACCACCCAGGCUCCCGCCGCCGAGUCCAGCAAGCCGGGCAAGGACAGCCGCCCCGUCCGCUUGAUCUACACCGGCUACUUCGCGCCACCAGAGGAGCUUCAUGUCAGGGCGUUCCCGUAA